UCUGCCCCCGCCCCGGCGCUGGCUCGAAGGCGCCCGCUCGGUGUGAUCCUGUUCGGCAAACGUUCACUCAUCCUGGGCUGUUCUCGCCAGGGCUGGGGACUUCGAGGCGGCCGAGACGGGAGUUGAUUCUAGGCGAAACAAGUCAUUUGAGGCCUGAGGUCGCAGCCAGGGCGGCGGGGCGCGCCCAGCCCCGGCCCCUGGAGCGCCCGCCGCGGUCCCCACCUCCAUGGACGCCUUCAAGGGGGGCAUGAGCCUGGAGCGGCUGCCGGAGGGGCUCCGGCCGCCGCCGCCACCCCAUGACAUGGGGCCCGCCUUCCACCUGGCCCGGCCCGCCGACCCCCGCGAGCCGCUCGAGAACUCCGCCAGCGAGUCGUCUGACACGGAGCUGCCAGAGAAGGAGCGCGGCGGGGAACCCAAGGGGCCCGAGGACAGUGGUGCGGGAGGCACGGGCUGCGGCGGCGCAGACGACCCAGCCAAGAAGAAGAAGCAGCGGCGGCAACGUACGCACUUCACAAGCCAGCAAUUGCAAGAGCUAGAGGCCACGUUCCAGAGGAACCGCUACCCCGACAUGAGCAUGAGGGAGGAGAUCGCUGUGUGGACCAACCUCACCGAGCCGCGCGUGCGGGUCUGGUUCAAGAACCGGCGAGCCAAGUGGCGUAAGCGCGAGCGUAACCAGCAGCUGGACCUGUGCAAGGGUGGCUACGUGCCGCAGUUCAGCGGCCUAGUGCAGCCCUACGAGGACGUGUACGCCGCCGGCUACUCCUACAACAACUGGGCCGCCAAGAGCCUGGCGCCAGCGCCGCUCUCCACCAAGAGCUUCACCUUCUUCAACUCCAUGAGCCCGCUGUCGUCGCAGUCCAUGUUCUCGGCACCCAGCUCCAUCUCCUCCAUGACCAUGCCGUCCAGCAUGGGCCCAGGCGCCGUGCCUGGCAUGCCCAACUCGGGCCUCAACAACAUCAACAACCUCACCGGCUCCUCGCUCAACUCAGCCAUGUCGCCGGGCGCUUGCCCGUACGGCACUCCCGCCUCGCCCUACAGCGUCUACCGGGACACGUGCAACUCGAGCCUAGCCAGCCUGCGGCUCAAGUCCAAACAACACUCGUCGUUUGGCUACGGCGGCCUGCAGGGCCCGGCCUCGGGCCUCAACGCGUGCCAGUACAACAGCUGACCGCCCCGCCGCACCACGCGGGCCGGCUGCCGGCUCGGGGAAGGGCGCGGGCGCGGAGGACGCACGCGGGGCCCCGGCUCGCAAGCCCCAGCUCACCGCGCUGCGGACCUCACACCUGCGCAGCCCUCACACCUGCGCAGCCCCCUCCUCCCACUUCCCACUCCGGGUUGGUUUUGUGUUUGCUUUUCCGGACCCCACUCUGCCCUCCAAAAAGACCAAAAAAAAAAAAAAAAAAAAAAGCAAAAAGACGUCGGAGAAAAGUGCCGCGAAAAAAUGGAUGAGUUGCAAUUUCUCUCGGGAUGGCGCGGGUGGUGUGUGUGUGUUCCCACGGGCCCCGGAGGCCCACUCCGCGGAGGGGACGCGGCGCGGUAGGCGAGCGCCGAGGCCCAGCGGCCGGGGGAGGACGCCUUCGUAGCCCGCGUCCCCGCCGCGCUGGAUCCGGACUGAGCGGCCGGGCCUGCGGACUGGAUGUGCGGGGCCUGGACUUGCCUAGGAUUUCCCGACCCCGUACAAACCAAGUUGCCCUCUCCGAGCUGGGCCCGGCCGAGAGCGCCUUAGCUCGAGUCGGAUCCGCGUUGGGGCGGGCGUUGGGUUUGGGGGGACGGUGCCCCCAGCCCAGGAUCGGGCACUCAGUGGAGCCGCACACGGCCCCGGCGCGCCUGGUAGAGCCUUGCUGGCCCUGCGCCCCGGAGCCCUAUAUUAAGGUCACGGAGCGGCAGCGGGCAGUGCGGACCUGGCGGGAGGUGGGGGAGGUCCGUCUCAGAAUACCCCAGCCUUGAGC